UUGCAUCAGAGUCCAACAAGAAAAGACCAAAACCACCCCCAAGAGACCAUGGCAAAUCUAGCUCCGACCACCGGCCGGCGGCCGAAAACCACCUCCGGUGGCGGCACCACCACCACCACCAGCAGAUGCAUUAAUUAUGCCAAAAGAACAGAAUGUAGAAGUAGUAGUAGUUCCAGUAGUUGUACUGCAUCAUCAACAUCAGCCAGUACAUGUUGUGGCCUGUCGAGAUUGAUGAGAAGGUUUAUCCAAAGACGACCCACAAAGUUGCAUCCGGCGAGCCGCCAGUCAUCCUUCCAAUGUCGUUAUGACCCACUGAGCUAUUCCUUAAACUUCGACAUAUGUGGGUCGGGAGACUUCCCGGAUGAUGAUUAUUACAAGUAUUACGCCUUCUCAUCGAGGAAAACAGCAGAAAAUGCACAGGUGUUCGAGUAUAUACCUAUGGCUAUACAGAGCGACAAAGGAAAGAAAUUAAUCCCUUCAUCUCGAUUCGUGGGUUAUGAUGAUUCGUGA